AUGGCACCGGUCAAGCUUAAUGUGCUUGUUUAUACAGGCCUCGGCACAACCGUUGAGUCAGUCCGGCAUUGUAUCUGGUCCCUCCGCCGUCUUCUCGGGCCCAACUAUGCCGUCAUCCCCAUCACCGAGACCAUCGUUCUCAAAGAACCUUGGCAGGCAACAUGUGCUCUGCUCGUCUUUCCCGGCGGCGGCGAUCUCGGCUACUGCCAGGCUUUGAAUGGUGAGGGGAACCGCCGCAUCAGCGACUAUGUCCGACGAGGAGGCUCGUAUCUGGGCUUUUGUGCGGGCGGCUACUACGGUUCGCAGAGAUGCGAGUUCGAGGUUGGGAAUAAGCCCAUGGAGGUCAUUGGGAGGAGAGAGCUGGGCUUCUUCCCUGGGACGUGCAGAGGUGGUGCCUUCAAGGGGUUUGAGUAUCGAAGCGAAAAGGGGGCUAGAGCUGUGCGGUUAACGGUGCCCAAGGGCGCAUUUGAGCAGGACGUGGCUUCUGAAAUUAUCUCCUACUACAAUGGAGGUGGUGUCUUUGUCGAUGCUGCUUCAGUCAAGCAGAGAAAGGUUGAGAUUCUGGCUACAUAUGAUGAGGAGACCGAUGUCGAUGGUGGCGAGGGCAAUGCUGCGGUUGUUCUUUGCACAGUUGGCGAUGGGAAGGCUUUACUUACCGGGCCUCAUCCAGAGUUCGCUGCGGCUAACUUGAACCCCCAGCCAAGCCUCCCUGGCUAUGAUGAACUGGUAAGCCAACUGGCUGCCGCAGACAAGGACAGAGCCAGCUUUCUCAAGGGAUGUUUGACUAAGCUUGGCCUGGACGUCAGUCCUGACGAUGCAGGAGUACCAUCACUGUCUCGGCUUCACCUCUCCUCCAUCACCGACACAGGCGUCUCGGAGUUACUAUCUGACUGGAGCGACAUCAUCGACAAGGAGAACGGCGAGGAAUGGAUCCGAGCAGAGACAGAUACCUUUCAUAUCCAGAAUGAAGAUACCAUCUGGAGUCUCGAGGGUCUCCAGCAAUCCUUGGCAGAGACGAGUGUCCCCAAUAUCUCUGCGAAUGGCAGUAUUGACUACAGCAAGAUUGUCAAGAAGAUCGUCCCGCACGAAAAGGGGCUUCCUCAUCCUAAGCUCACGCCGCAUUUCAACCAUGGCUUGUUCUUCUCGAGUUUGAAGCGUUACCGGGAGAUUGAGCCUACCGCUCGGGACUGGGGUAACCUGCUUAUGUACGGUGAAGUGGUGACGAGCACAAACACCAUGCUUGAAAAAAACCCGAAACUGAUGCCAAAACUCCCAAGUGGCUUCACCGUCUCGGCUACUACCCAGGUCGCUGGUCGAGGUCGUGGCUCAAAUGUGUGGAUUGCUCCCCCUGGAAUGCUCAUCUUCUCGACGGUCCUCAAUCAUCCUGCCCACCUCGCCAUGACUCGUCCUAUCGUUUUCCUUCAGUACAUCGCAGCCAUUGCUAUAGUUGAGGCCGUCCAAUCUUAUGAUCGCGGAUAUGAAAAUAUCCCUAUCAAACUAAAGUGGCCCAACGACAUCUAUGCUCUUGAUCCUACAAAGUCACAGGAGAAACCGCACUAUUCCAAAGUUGGUGGUAUCCUCUCCCAGUGCCUCUACUUCGACGGAAACUACCAAAUCAUCCUAGGCAUAGGCCUCAACACCACCAACUCCCGUCCCACAAUGUCCAUCUCCGACCUCGUACCCGCUGGCGCACCAGAGCUCCAUCUCGAGACCCUCCUCGCGCGCGUGCUCACACGCAUAGAAGCCAUCUACGCCCAGUUCCUCCGCGAAGGAUUCUCCAGCGGUCUCGAAGCACGGUACUACAGCCACUGGCUGCACACAAAGCAGGAAGUCACUCUUGAGGCGGAAGGCGGCGUCAAGGCUCGCGUGGUGGGUAUUACGCGGGACUGGGGAAUGUUGAAGGUCGAGGAGAUAAAUGCUAGUGGGAGGGGGACAGGAAGGAUCUGGACGUUGCAGAGUGAUGAGAAUAGCUUUGAUUAUUGGAAGGGUUUGUUGAAAGCAAACGAGACUCGGCCUCAAUCUACUCGUCCAGCCAUGGAGAGUCGCCAGUCCCAGGAUACCGAUAGGUCCGAGACGUUAUCUCAACCUCAGAAAGAGAAUCGUGUCGACAAAACUUCGAGCAAAUCCAUAUUCACUACUAUCACCCUUUUCAACCUACCGCACAGAACUCAGGUUCCAUCUUUUCCUACAUUAGACGAGAUUUCCACUAACAGAAUCAUUACACUCUGGUCAGAGACACCAACUACACACAGUGUAGUAAGGGCAUGGUAUACACGCAUUCAAACCGUGUUUUUCACUGAGAUUGAUGGCGAGAUACAAACUCUUGACGGCGAUCUUUUGGAGACAUCUACAGUCAGCGAGACCAGUGUGGUUGACGAAACUACUACUGCCAGCGAGACUACAGAAACAUCGACUAUAAUCAGUGAGCCUCUGUUGUCCAGUACACUUCUGUCGACGUCCAGUGAGGUUUUGGUACCCAGCAGUACUUGGUCUACAUCUUACACAACAACUUCAAGUUCAGAGACCUGGUCAACUUUAACCCUCACCGUUGUCCCAAGUGAUCCCUCUACCUCGGAUAGCAAUGGUAUCUCACCUGCCGAGGGGGUCGGCAUCUCGGUUGGUGCCGUAUGUGGGUUUUUACUUAUUAUAGGGGGUAUCCUUCUCGUAGUAUUUCGUUGCCGACUUAGCGAUGAGCCACCUCGUUCUAGGGACAAUCAGAACAACAUCAACAUUAAGCUUGAUAACGCACCGUUUGAUCGUACGGCCGCAGAACCUCAGGGUGUCAUGCAAAAUGAAUGGAAGGCAUCGUGA